AUGAUAACAAAUAAUAACAAUAAUUCUGUGGCUUCAUCAAUAAAUGUUGAGGAAUUACCUGAUUCCAAGAAACAAUUGAAAGAAGACGUGAUUGAUCCACCAGAUGUUACCACUGAGGAACCACAACCAAUAGAAAUAGAUGUGGAAACAAAUCAAAUUAUAAAUGAAAAUGGAUUUGAAAACCAUGGUAUAGUCAGUCCCGAAGUAAUUGAUAUGACCGGUGAUGAUGAUGACAACCAUAACCAUCACCACAAUAUCAACAACAUCACCAUUGAAGAUGAUGAAGAAGAUGAGGAAGAUGAUGAAGAUGAGGAGGACGAUGAUGACAUACAAAUAAUUGAUGCCGAACCUAAUAGAAAUACUGUUGCUCCGCAAAAGUUCAUUCGUAACUUCCCACUAGCUAAUGAUUUUAAUGCCCUUGCAACCAAACUAAUGAAACCAAUUCAAGAUUAUCCAACAAAAGAUGAAACAUAUUAUGUUUGGGAAAUAAAGGACUGGAUGCAAAUUUUAAAGGAAGAAAAAGUCAGAUCACCAAGAUUUAAAUGUGGUGGAUUUGAAUGGAACAUUUUAUUAUUUCCUCGUGGUAACUCACAAAACAAUAGUAUAUCAAUAUAUAUGGAACCUCAUCCACCAACUGAUGAAAAUGGCAAACCAUUAGACGAAAAUUGGUAUGUUUGUGCUCAAUUUGGAUUGGAUAUUUGGAAUCCAGCACAUCCGGAUGCUCAUUUACCAAAUCAAAGUCACCAUAGAUUUAGUAAAAAUGAAACUGAUUGGGGGUUUAGCUCAUUGAUAGAAUUGAGACAGUUAGGACAAGUCAAUAAUCCAAGAAAUCAAUCAUCAAUGUAUGCCAUUUUAGAAAAUAAUAAAUUAAAUAUUACCGGGUUUGUUCGAGUUAUAGAUGACUCUUCAACCGGAGUAUUAUGGCAUUCAUUUUUAGAUUACGAUUCCAAGGUCAAUGCUGGAUAUGUUGGUUUAAACAAUCAAGGGGCUACAUGUUAUUUGAAUUCAUUAUUACAAAGUUAUUUCACCACCAAAUUGUUUAGAAAAUUGGUGUAUGAAAUCCCCACCGAUCUGAAAUCUGCUGGUGUACCUUUAUCAUUGCAAAGAAUUUUCUAUUUGUUGACCAAUUCAAAUGAUCCAGUGGGGACAUUAGAAUUGACAAAAUCUUUUGGUUGGGAUUCUUCAGAUGCAUUCACACAACACGAUGUACAGGAAUUGAAUCGUAUUUUAAUGGAUAGAUUGGAAACUGCCAUGAAAGGAUCGAAAAUCGAAGGAGCAUUAAAUGAUAUAUUUGUUGGGAAAAUGAAAUCAUACAUUAAAUGUGUAAAUGUUCCAUAUGAAUCAUCCCGGGUGGAAGAUUUUUGGGACAUUCAAUUGAAUGUGAAAGGGUUUCAAAAUCUCGAACAAUCAUUCCAAAAUUAUAUCGAGAUUGAAAUGUUAGAAGGUGAAAACAAAUACCAAGCAGGUGAAGAACACGGAUAUCAAGACGCCAAGAAGGGAGUGGUAUUUGAAUCAUUCCCACCAGUAUUGCAUUUACAAUUGAAACGUUUUGAGUAUGACUUUAUGGUUGAUGAUUUAGUUAAGAUUGAUGAUUUUUAUGAAUUCCCCGAUCAAAUUGAUUUGAAACCAUACCUUGAUGAAGAUUUAUCAGAAGACGUAAAAAACCAAAAUUGGAAUUAUAAAUUGCAUGGUGUGUUGGUGCAUCAAGGUAGUAUUUCUAAUGGACAUUACUAUGCUAUGAUCAAACCAAAUGCCAAUGACAAUACUUGGUUAAGAUUCGAUGAUGAUAAAGUUUGGAAAGUUACUAAAACUCAAGUUUUCAAGGAAAAUUUUGGUGCUAUCGAUUUGACUCAAGAACAAUUACAACAAAUGACUAGACCUGAACAACAAGAACAUAUGGUUCGAAGAGUAACGUCAGCAUAUAUGUUGGUUUAUUAUCGUGAAUCUGAACUAGACAAGAUAUUACCAGUAGAUGAUAAGACUAUCAAUUCAGCUAUUCCAGAACAUAUCCCUAAACAAAUUGAAUUUGAAAUUGAGGAACGUGAAAAAUUGGAAAAGGCAAGACAAGAAGCUUUGUAUUAUACAACUGCGAAAUUGAUAACUUCUUCCACAUUCAAUGCAAAUCUUGGAUUUGAUCUUGCAUUAGAUCCAACAAAUAACAAGUUUUAUGAUGAGUCUUUGAGUGGAACUGAAUGUGAUCCAAUAUCUUUGAAAGUAAGAAAAGAUAGCACCUUCACACACUUGGUUGAAGAAGUGGGUAAAACAAUUAAAUGUGCUGAUAACAAGUUGUUUAGAUUAGCUGCUAUUUGUCAUAGAAAUAACCACACCAAUAGGUUGGAUGCCCCUGUUAAUGAAGAAUUCCAAAAUUCAACGAUAAAUAAUGUUUAUCUGAAAUUAUUUAAUCGGAAAUAUGAUGAAAUGGUGUUUUACGUUGAAGAAUUGAAUAAAGACAUUAAGAAUGUUGUUCAAUUGGUUAAAAAUGAAGAUAAUUCAUAUAUUGAACCCGAGAAUUUUACAUUUGAACAAGUAUUUAGUAAAAUUGAUUCUGUUGGCACUAAUGUUCAUCCAGAUAUUGAAUUCAAAAAUACUGAAGAAUAUUCUAAUUAUGUUACUAUAUUUAUAAAAUAUUUUGAUCCUGUAUCACAAGAGAUUAGAGGGUUAUCACAUAUUACUGUGGCAAAGGAAGAUAAAAUUGAUUCAAUAGUGGAUCCAAUACGUGAAUUACUUGGAUUUGAAAAAAAUAUUGGAUUAGAACUUUAUGAAGAAUUAUCUCAAUCUAAAGUUGAAAAAAUUGAUUGUAAUUUAACUUUUGAAAAACAUGAAUUGAGUAGUGGAGAUAUUAUUACUGUUCAAGUUGAUAAUCCAGGAGAAAUCAACAAAAAUGGGAAAUAUAAAGAUUUGAAAGAUUAUUACAAGUUUUUGUUGACUAGAUUGCAUGUUAAUGUUAGACCAUUCAAGGCAGAAAUUGAUGAAGAGGAUUCUGAUUUUAUAGCUCAUGAUGAUGAAGAAGAAGAAGAAGAAGAAGAAGGAGGAGGAGAUGGAAAUGGAAAUGGAAACGGCAAUGGUAAUAAUAUUGAGAAAGACAAUCAAGCAACUAAUGAAGAAAUUCAAUUGGCGAAAAAUUUGAGUAAAAGUUUUGAUUUUUGGAUUUCUACAAAUUAUAGUUAUCAAGAAUUAGCUAGAGAUAUUGCCUUAAGAUUAAAUUGUGAUCCUUUAUAUUUAAGAAUAUUUAUAUUAAAUGCUCAAGGACAACGAUUCCCAUUAAAGACCAGUCAUCAUUUAUCACAAUUAUUCCCGAAAACGGUAUCAGUUAAUCAAAUUGUUGAGUUUGAAUAUGAGAUACUUAAUAUUCCAUUAAAAGAUUAUGAAAAUUUAAAGGCAGUUAAAAUCCAUUGGUUAACAACAUUAUUACAAUAUCAAGUAUUAGAAGUAUUAGUACCUAAACGUGGUACUGUAGCUGAUGUUGUUACUAAAGUUUUACACAAGGUCAAUGUAUCUGAAAAAGAUUUACCACAUUUAUUUGUUUGGUCAGGACAUAAUCACAAGUAUUAUGAUUUACAUAGAUUUGAUGCGGCAUUAAGUACUAUACCUGAUGAUCUUGAUUUAUUUUGUGGUAUUUUCCCAGCUGAAGUUGAAGUUUUAUGUGAUCAUGAUAUGUAUAAAAGAUUUACUGAUAAAGAAAUUGAUGAAGAAAUAAUGGAAGAAUCAGUUCAUGAAGAAUAUUUAGAAAGUAUUAAAUGGAGUAAAAAUUUAAAUCUUUUACCUUCAUUUCAUUUCCAUAAAAGUAAUAAUUAUCAUCAUGGGAUUCCAUUUAUUUUUAUAAUUUUCCCUAAUGAAUUAUUAAGUGAAACCAAGGAAAGAUUAAGGAAAAAAUUAGGAUUAGGGAAACAAGCAUUUGAUAAAACUAGACUUGCAUUAGCUGAUAAUAAUAAUAGAAUCAGAUAUUUGGAAGAUGAUACUUUAGUGUUGUUUGAUGAAGUUGCCAAUAAACGGUAUAGUUUGGCUCUUGAUAAUGUUGAUAGAAAUCCUAAACGUCAAACAUUAUUUGAAAAAGGGAUAUCAAUCAAAUAG